GAAAACGUGCACUUCAAAUAAUAUUCAUACAGAAAGCGGAGUUCCCGGAGCUUGCUAUUUAGAUAGUUGCUGAUGAUUUCAGAACGAUAAAUUAUAUAAAUUUAAAUUAAUGAGUAGGAGAGGAAACGUAGAUGCUUUAUUGUAGUAUUUUCUCUAGCACCAGGUAUUUUGUUCAGUUUCGAAUAUAAAUUUCGUUAUUCAUAUCGAUAUUCAUCGAGCCAUCGAGGUAUAUCGCCAUUUAGCAAUCGUUGCAUCGAUGUUUUUCACAUCACUAACGUCUUUGUGUAAUAAAUUGUGUGAAAAAAAUCGAAGUAAAGAUUUUGACUGUGAGAAAUAAAUCAAGCCAUAUCGGAGAUACCAAUGUCGGAGAGCAAGGAAGAUACUUUAGCCAGUUUCCAGGCGAUAACUGGCAUAGACGAUGUUGGUGAGGCAUUUUCGCACUUAGAGGCGGUAAACUGGAAUCUUAUGGAGGCACUGAGCCGUGUCAUGCCACACGAAGAUACACCAUUGUCGAAUCCAAUACAUCCCCCAGAGCCGGCUGCACCAGAUCCAGUGACGCAUCAGAGCACCAACGGCUUUCGGCCACUAAGUUUCGAUGAUAUGCCCGGAACCUCAACGGCACGCAUUCCCGGAGGACCACCUGGUCUGUUUUCAGAGCCCAUGACUGCAAUGUUUCCAACUUCACAACUGCUGGCCCAGUUGAGCAUAAAUUUGGAUCCUUCCAGACAGAACAACAACCAAAACAUCAUCAUUUUCAACAUCCAUUUCAACCAGCAACUUUAUCAAAUACGCUUGCCAGCAACCGCAACCGUUGAGCAAUUAAAACGAAAGAUUUACGAUGUUACAAGCGUUCCACAAUGCCGCCAGGCCAUACGAGGCUGGCCGCCAUCUAGCGCCCGGGACGCCCAAUUGCCUGGCACACAGCUGUGCAAUUUGAGUUUAGCGCAAGAGAACGAGUUCAUAUUGGUUGAUCUGACCGAGGACGGCUUUAUGGACACUGAGCACGAUGAUAUUUCACAACGUUUAGACAAGGUAUUCACAAUUGAGAUUGUGGAAGAGCCAAAUAGUAAUCCCCCGCUAACUCUUCAAUUGCCCGGAAGCACGACAAUGCAAGAGGUGAAAACAAAUUACUUCUACAUUAGAUCUGUACCGGUCAGGCAUCAGGAGUGGACGGGUUGGCCCAACGGUUGUAACAAUGAAACCAACUUGGCGCAAUCAGGCAUCGACCUAACACACAAAUUAUUUGUGCGCAACAUUUCAGAGCGGACGCAAAACAAUUCCAAUUUGUUGUCAAACACGGAAAUCGUUAAUGUUGACAGCGAGAGCUCAGCAGACGAAUUUGAAGAUGCAACCGAUUUUAAUAACUCGGAAUACAUAUUCUCCGACUCGCCACCCGUGCAACCGCUCAACAGACAUCUCAUACCCAACAACAUAGAUGACGAAAUCAACGGCUCCACAAUAUUUGUUGAAAAUUAUAAGCAACGCUUUAUGGAUCCUUAUCCAGAAUUUUAUGUAGGCAGUUUGGAAAGCGCACUGAGAGAAGCAUGCCAUAAGCCCGCAAAAGAGCGCAAGUUAUUGGCUAUUUAUUUACACCACGGCGAGAGCAUACUCACAAACGUUUUCUGUGAUCACCUGAUGAAACAUGAGAGCAUUAUACAAACAUUCAAGGAAAAUUUUGUGCUUUAUGGCUGGGAUCUGACGUACGAGAGUAACAAGGACAUGUUUCUGUCGUCGCUCACCGCCUGCAUUGGCAGCACAGCUUCGUUAACGGCUAGAAACAUUAAACUUGAUAAGUUACCCGCCAUUAUGUUAAUUGGAAAAAGCCGUAUGACGGGGCGAACAUCUUGCGAGGUAUUAUCUGUGAUUCAUGGCAACAUUGGAUUAGAUGACUUGCUUGCCCGGCUCAUUGAGACAUGCGAAAUGUACGAGGAGCAAUUAAAACAUGAAAUACGCGAAGAGGACGAAAGAGCUGCUCGCGACCAAGUGAAGGCUGAGCAGGAUAUGGCAUAUGAGGCAACACUACAAGCGGACAUGGCCAAGGAGGCAGCAAAGCGGCAAAAAGAGGCUGCUCAAGCAGCUGAACGUAAACGUAUAGAAUCUGAACAGGCUGAGGAAGACGCUCGGCGCGAAUCCAUUCGAUUAGUGGCCGAGCAAUCGUUACCUCAGGAACCGACCGAAAAUGAAGCAAGCAUUUCUAAAAUACGCGUCCGCAAGCCAACAGGUGACUUCUUGGAGCGACGAUUCUUUACGCGCAACACCCUGCAGGACCUGUUAAAUUUUGUGGCUGCUAAUGGAUUUCUUAUCGAUGAGUUUAAGCUAAUACGUAGUUGGCCGCGCUGUGACUUAACCGCCAUCGAUGCAAAUCAAACGCUGGAGACGCUUAAACUAUUCCCGCAAGAAACGGUUAUACUGGAGGAGCGAUGAUUCUCUCUAUCAAAAUAGGAGGGGUUCGUUUAAUUGGGUUUAAGUUUUGCAUUAAUAUAAUAAAAUUGUAGAGUUGUAUUUUACGUAAAUUUUAUAAAGUUGUAAGCAAAAAGAAAUGCCGAAAGCUGCA